AUGAACGGCUUCGGGGAUGGGCAUGGUGACGAUGCGUUUGGGCCUGCGAAGGGCGGAGUUGUGUCGAGUUUUGAUGCUUUUCCCAAAACCAAGAAGACAUAUCUGGUCCAAGGCCGCAACUCCUCCGCUUGGACGGUAACGCUCAUCUUGACAUGUAUCUACUUGUCAUGGUCCGAGAUAUCGCGCUGGUUAGCCGGCUCAACGUCGCAAUCCUUCUCCGUCGAGAAGGGUAUAUCUCACGACAUGCAACUAAACCUCGAUGUCAUAGUCGCCAUGCGCUGCGCUGAUCUUCACGUCAAUAUGCAGGACGCAGCCGGUGACCGCACACUCGCCGGAGAGCUUUUGCGCAAGGAUCCCACUUCAUGGUCGCAGUGGACUGGCAGGAAUUUGGAGAGGGGAACACAUGAACUGGGUAUUGAUGCCGGCAAGGCACAGCCCUGGGAAGAAGUGUGGGAUGUGCAUGAACAGUUAGGCAAGGCGCACAAGAGGAAGUUCAGUAAGACACCAAGGAUCCGCGGCGAGACGGAUAGUUGCCGCAUCUACGGUAGUCUGGACGGAAACAAAGUGCAAGGAGAUUUUCACAUUACCGCCCGAGGCCACGGAUACAUUGAAUUCGGUCAACAUCUAGAUCAUUCAUCCUUCAACUUCUCCCACAUCAUCCGCGAAAUGUCCUUCGGCCCCUACUACCCCUCGCUCACCAACCCCCUCGACGCCACAAUCGCCGUAACCCCCACCCCAGACGACAAAUUCUACAAAUUCCAAUACUACCUCUCCAUCGUCCCCACAAUCUACACCGACGACCCCUCCCUCAUCCCUCUCCUCGAACUCGUCGGCUCCACCAGCAACCACCCCGGUGCAGCCUCCAUGUUCCAUGGCGCCCAUGCCAUCAAAACUAACCAGUACGCUGUCACCAGCCAGUCGCACAAGGUGCCUGAGAACUACGUGCCCGGUAUUUUUGUAAAAUUCGAUAUUGAGCCCAUCGUACUGAGAGUGGUCGAGGAGUGGGGUGGCUUCUGGAGACUGAUAGUCACCUUAAUCAAUGUUGUUAGUGGGGUUAUGGUUGCAGGCGGGUGGGCAUGGCAGAUGUUUGAAUGGGGUUGUGAGGUUCUGGGGAAGAGGCGGCGAAGAGGGGAUGGCGUGGGUGUUUUGGGAACGCCGAGUGUGGAGAAGACGAGUUGGGAGUAA